CCAAUUGUGGAUAGGCACAGAAGCAUUUCCGAAGCGAACAUCAGUAGUUUUGUUAGUCUCGAUCGCAUGGUUCCUCAGUGAGUUUCACUUGUUUCUUUUUUUUUUGAUUGGUGCUCGCGAGAAUCUCUAUAGUAGGCUGAGUAAGGAUUAAAUCAGCGGGUGAAUCAGUGAGGCCCAACAGGAAGUCAACUUUCUCUCUCUCUCUUUCUCAAAAAGCGUCUUAAUCAUCAAACUUUACAACAAAAAAAAACAUUUGAACACAAACCGCAAACCACCCGAGAUCCUUUAUAGUAUACGCGCUCGCGCCAUCCGCGGUACUUCCGUGAGAAUUUUUAAAUAAAAAAAGAAAAAACAAAAAACGAUCACGUAGGAGCGAUAAAAAGCGUCCGAAGAUGUUCGCGAUCAUGCAAUUGGAGAACGACGUAUCCCGCGACCAGUUCAGGAGGAAGAUGCGAGCCAAGUGCGAGUUCGUGUGCAAGUACUGCCAGAGGCGGUUCACCAAACCGUACAACCUGAUGAUCCACGAGAGGACGCACAAGAGUCCCGAGUUGACUUUCAGCUGCGAGGUGUGCGGGAAGAGUUUCAAGAGGCAGGACAACCUCAAACAGCACAGAUGUAAUCAGUGUGUAUGGCGAUAAGUGGGGGCGAAAGCCUCUAUUACGGUGAAAAAGGGCUAAAGGGGGGCCUCUUCCCUAUUUUAUUGUGACGAGCCAUUAUCCAUGUUCCAGUCCCACGUUUCAACACUACAAUAGAUAUUAGACUUUAAAACAUUAACAACCAUAUAAUCAGUAUUUAAACAAAAAAAAACAAAAGAAGGAUUCCUAAUUUAUUUCUCUCUUAUAGCUCUUGUUUUGUAUAUAUACAUUUUUUUUUAACAUUAUAUAUGACUAAAAAAACGGACUAAUAUCGUCUAGUCUCUAAAUAGAAGGGUAUAUUAUGUACAGGGAGGCAAAUUUGACAAUCGGCAAGGUUCCUAUGUUGGACGCCACCCUGUGCAGCUUGUUUUAAGAUUUUCGAAAUUUAUUAUUACUUAAUUGUUUAAUUAAUUAAGAGAUGCCAGUUAAUAUUUAGUUUGUGAUUUAGCCAAUAAGUUUGUGCAAUUUUUUUUACACGGCGUUUAAUAGGGGGAAAUUGGAAGUCAACUUGAGACGGUUAAGUUGAGUUUUCUACCCGCAUGUUAAGGAUGUCGAAUUUAAUUUAUUUGGCAACGUUGCAUACGAAUUUCGGUUUUUAAGUCAUUGUACUGAAAAUGUUUUUGAAUACUCCGUUUAUUAUGAUGGCAAACGAUAGACAAUUGAAUUUUAAACGAAAGUUAUUUAAUACUCCAUGGGUCUAAAGUGAACAGGAAGCGAGUUAUGGGCGAUUAAAGUAUAGGGCGGCGGAGCGACAAAAUGUUCAAUAUCUCCCUUAUUUUUAACAUUAGAGAGAUUUGGUAAAAACAACGUUUGUUUAAAAUUAAAUUUUCUAUCGAUUAAAAAUCUUUAGUUUGAGAUUUGUCAAAAAAUUAUAUUUUUUUACACGGAUUUUUUUAAAUUUGUCAGUUUUUUCUUAUAGAACACCCUGUAUAUUAUGGUGUCAAUCGAUAGGAAUUUAAAUAUCAAACAAGAUCCAUUUAAUACUCGAUGGCUCUAAAGUUAAAAAUAAGCGAGUUAUUGACGUUUGAAAAAAAGGCGGCUUAGCGACAAAUUCAUGAUAUUCAUAAAUUUUGUUUAGAUUUUUAUUUUUUAACGAUUAGCAAAGAUUUUUUUAAAAAAUACAUUUUUUUUUACAGAAUUUUCCCUGAUUUUUACUUUUUUCUUACGAAACACUCUGUAUAUUAUAAUUCCAUUCGAUAGAAAAUUGGAUUCUAAACAAAAAAUAUUUAAUACUUCAUGGCUCUAAAAUCAAAAAUAACUGAGUUAUCGGCAUUCAAAAUAAAGGGCGGCUAAGCGACAACUAUAUGACAUUCGAGAAUUUUGUUUAAAUUUUUAUUUUUUAUGAAUUAGACAACUUUAAUACAAAUUUUCCAUAAUUUUUUAGAAAUUUUUCUAAUUUUUCAGCAUUUUUCCAGAUUUUUAUUUUUUUUCAUUUAUCCUAUUUGGUAAAAAAUUGAAUUUCAAACAAAAAUUGUUUAAUACUCCAUGGCUCUAAAAUCAAUAGUAAACGAUUUACAGGCACUUGAAAUAAAGGGCGACCGAGCGACAGCCCUUAUAACAGGUCGCCCUAAAAGAGCAUUUACGAAAACUUCAAUAUCUCCCUUAUUUUUAACAUUAGAGAAAUUUGGUAAAAACAACUUUUGUUUAAAAUUAAAUUUUCUAUCGAUUAAAAAUCUUUAGUUCGAAAUUUGUCAAAAAAUUAUAUUUUUUUAAACGGAUUUUUUUAAAUUUUGUAGUAUUUUCUUAUAGAACACCCCGUAUAUUAUGAUGUCAAUCGAUAGGAAUUUAAAUACCAAACAAGAUCCAUUUAAUACUCGAUGACCCUAAAGUGAAAAAUAAGCGAGUUAUUGGCGGUUAAAAAAAGGGCGGCUAAGCGACAAUUUUAUGAUAUUCAUAAAUUUUGUCUAGAUUUUUAUUUUUUAAUGAUUAAGAAAGAUUUUUCAAAAAAAAAAACAUUUUCUUUACAGAAUUUUCCCUGAUUUUUACUUUUUUCUUACGAAACACUCUGUAUAUUAUAAUUCCAUUCGAUAGAAAAUUGGAUUCUAAACAAAAAAUAUUAAAUACUUCAUGGCUCUAAAAUCAAAAAUGAGUGAGUUAUCGGCAUUUGAAAUAAAGGGCGGCUAAGCGACAACCAUAUGACAUUCGAGAAUUUUGUUUAGAUUUUUAUUUUUUUCGAAUUAGACAACUUUAAUACAAAUUUUCCAUAAUUUUUUAGAAAAUUUCCUAAUUUUUCAGCAUUUUUCCAGAUUUUUAUUUUUUUUCAAUUAUCCUAUUUGGUAAAAAAUUGAAUAUCAAACAAAAAUUGCUUAAUACUUCAUGGCUCUAAAAUCAAUAGUAACCGAGUUAUAGGCAUUUAAAAUAAAGGGCGUCCGAGCGACAGCCCUUAUAACAGGUCGCCCUAAAACAACAUUUACGAAAACUUCAAUAUCUCCCUUAUUAUUUACACUAGAAAAAAAUCGUAAAGACAAAUUUUGUUUAAAAUUUAAUUGUCUAUCAUUUAAACCCAUUCAAAACAAAAUCCGAGCACUCAAUAUUGAAUUAUUCGAAAAUAAAGUUAAUUACAGUAGCGUUGCCAACUCUUUUAAAUUAAUUUCGUUGUCUUUUUAGCCUCCCUCCCCCAAGUGCGGUUAAAUUGUGUAUUUUUUGCGAAAAAAAUAUUUCAGUUGCGCUUUUAAAAAUACGCUGUGCCUUAGGGUUAAGGAACGUUGUAAAUUUGACUUGACGUCGUGGCCGUACGUGCAACGAACCAAUAACUAUAGCUCUUAAAUGCGGUAUUUAUAUUAUUAUUAUUAUUAUUAAUAUUAUUGUGUAGUUUUUAAAUUAUUAUUGCCUCGAAAUAAAAAAUAAACAAUA